UCUAUUUAAAACCUCCUGAGACCCAGCCCAUUGACUUAUAUCCACUGUAGUGGACAUUUGAGUUUCAUCCCUCUUCUUGGAAUCUUUUGUGCAAGUCUCUUAAUUCCUGAUGUACUGUACAGAGGACAUCCUGGGCUUUUCAGUGAUAUGUCAUUUGAUUGGCUGGGAGGCCGGGAACCGCCUCUAUCUUUCCUUUCAAAAUGGACGGCAUAGGAACAAGCACAUUUUAUGGAAAGAUGAGAGAUUUGCACCUGUGUUACCUGGGCUUCCUGUGUGUCAAGAUGACCCUACAACACGUGCAGACUGGAGUCCAAUUGAAUACUUUUUACAGUACAUUGACAACAAGGUCUUUGAAGAUUUGGCAACAUACACAAAUCAAAGAGAGCUGCAAAUCAAAGGAGUGUGCAUGAACACCACGCCACAAGAAAUAAAAAUCUUCUUGGGCAUUUCAGUCCACAUGGCCUGCCUUGGCUAUCCCAGAAUUAAAAUGUUUUGGGCCAACAAAACUAAAGUGCCAGUCAUAAGUAGCAAAAUGACUAGGGAUAGAUUCUUCAGGAUAAGAAAUUCCCUCAAGAUUGUCAAUGACCUGGCUAUAACAGAGGAAACAAAGAAGGCAGAUAUUCUUUGGAAAGUCAGGCCAAUACUCGAUCGUGUGCGCCAAGGCUGUCUCAGCCUUGCAAAGCCAGAAAGGGUCUGCAUUGAUGAGCAAAUCAUCCCAUUCACAGGCCGUUGUCCAGUCAGGCAAUAUGUUCCCGGCAAGCCAAACCCUACUGGCCUAAAGGUCUUUGUCCUUGCAUCCCCAAAUGGUCUGAUGCUUGAUUUUGAAGUCUACCAAGGGAAGAAUACCUUUACAGUCCAAAGGUUAGGAGUUGGAGCUGCAGCAGUUCUACGCAUGGUUGACUCUGUUCCAACAGGAAGCCACAUAUUCUUUGACAGGUACUUCACAACCAUAGAUCUAUUGGAUGCAUUGCUGGCAAAGGGCCUUCCUGCAACUGGAACUAUAAUGAAGAACCGUGUCCCAAAGCUGUGCCAGCUGCCAGUAGACAAACAGUUGAAAAAAGAGGGGAGAGGAACAUCAGUGUCAGUGGCCAGAAAGAGUCCUGAGCUGGCCAUCACAAAAUGGUUCGACAACAAACCAGUGCUCAUGGCAUCCACUGUACAUGGGAAAGACCCAGAAGACAUCUGUACCAGAUGGUCCCAGAAAGAAAAGCACCUGGUCCAGGUUAAAAGACCAGCAGUAAUUAAGCAGUAUAAUGAUAACAUGGGUGGCGUAGAUCUUUGUGAUCGCAUGCUUAGCUUCUAUCGUAUGUCAAGCAGGACCAAGAAGUGGACAUCGCGCGUGAUCAGUCACUUCUUUGAUGUUGCCAUCACCAACUCCUGGAUACAAUACCAGUCUGACAGCAAAGCUCUGCACAGACCAUCCAAGAACACACAUCAGUACCUGGACUUCAAACUACUCCUAGCUGAGGAGCUGUUGGAGAGUCCGGAACUGGAAAACAGCUGUGAAGAGAGUGAGGAUGAGUAUGAGCCACCAUCUAAAAUGAGGAUCCCACAACCAGAGCCAUCUGUGCGCAGACUAGGAGCCAUGCACAUGCCUGAGAUGAUGGAUACCAAGCAUGCAGAAAGAUGCAGAAAUAAGGGCUGCAAGAGCAAGACGUACAUGAGAUGUACCAAAUGCAAGAUGUUCCUCUGCAUUACCAAAAAGAGAAAUUGCUUCCAGGACUUUCACCACUAACAAAGAAAAUACUAAGAACAAAAUGAAGAGUGAAGGAAAAAGCUAGAUUGGAUUCAGUUUGACAGAAGGAAAAAAUCCAAAAUAAAUCUGUUACACAUUAGUUAUAUGUUCAUUGUUCAAAUAACACAGAAAGGAUUCAAGGGGACCAAUCAAAGGAUAUGGACAUAACAAAGUGUUAAGCUUUAAUAGUAAAGCUAUCCUUGCGAAAUGUAAGGAAAAGGAUUCAAGAAUGAUUAAUGUGUAUUGUAUAAUCAAAAUGUCUGUAUUCUUGGAUAAUAAUCAAUCUACAGCCCAAAAUGUAUGUAUUCUUAGUUCAUAAAAACUCUGUAAUCUGUAAGAACUCUGUAAAAAUUUGUAUCUACCAAAUGUGUCUCUUUUCGUACUCAAAUGAUCCUGUUGUCCACUACAGUGGACAUGCUGUAAAAUAAAAAAUUAAAAUUAAAAUUAAAAUGUGGAAAUUGUAGGAUGCUUUUUUAAACCCUAAACAGUU